UGACUUCACACAUACAUUCUGACAACCCGUCAUUUCAUUCAAAAAAUUUGAUUCAUCAAAAUUAAAAAAUAAUCAAAAUGUGUGAUUGUCCCCAUAUUCCCGGUAACUAUUGUUGCUUCAAAAAUCCAUUCAAACCAGUAACUCAUGUCAUAUUUGAUCUGGAUGGAACUCUUCUAGACACCGAAGAAAUUGACAGAGAAGUAUUUUUAGAACUUUGCAAGGAGUUUGGUAAAAAGUAUACCGAAGACAUGCACGAACUAGUGUUAGGAACAAAUGAAUCUGCUGCGUGCGCAACAAUCGUAAAACAUUUGAAGCUUGACAUCGAUCCAAAAGAGUUUCAGAAAAAAUUUCAGGAGAAAAAUUAUAAGUUGGUUCCCGAUGCUCAAUUUAUGUGUGGUGCCGAAAAAUUAGUGAAUCACUUUUUCAAUCAACAAAUUCCAAUGGCUAUAGCGACGAGUUCGAGCUCAGAGGCAGUAAAAUGCAAGAUGUCUAAAAAGAAAGAUUUUUUCGAUAAAUUUCAUCACUUCGUUUGCGGAAAUGACGAUCCAGAAGUUCUUCGAGGAAAACCUUUUCCUAACAUAUAUUUCGUAGCUGCCAGAAGAUUCGAAGAAAGACCUCGUCGAAAACAAUGCCUCGUGUUCGAGGACGCCUUCAAUGGCGUCGUAUCAGCACUGGGAGCAGGCAUGCAAGUUAUAAUGGUACCCACUCCAGUGACGCCGUACGAGAAAUGGAGAUACGCGACAUUGCGGCUCGACAGCCUGGAUGGAUUUAUUCCAGAAUUGUUUGGAAUACCGGCAUUCGACGCGCCUAAGCCGCCGAAAAAAGUGGUGAUAGUAAAGGGUCCGUGCAAACCCGUUAUAGAUCCAUGUGAGGGCUUUGACGAGAAUGCAGUUGAAGAGAAUAAAGUCGAAGAGAAGGAAGAUCCAUGUAAGGAGUUUGAAAUGCAGAACGCUCCACGUAAAGAAACUGAUGUAAAAGUAACCAACUAUUAGUAAUUAAGUCUACCGGUGAAUUAGAUACAUGUAUUUCAUAGCAACUUUUCGAAAAUAAAGAAAUAAUUAGCAGAU